AUGUCAUCCCCAAAAGAAGUAUGCCAUUUCGAAGACCAUAUGCCCACAACAGAAACGACACAUACUCAGGGACAUUCUCAUUCACAUGGAGACCAUGGUCAUACUCAUGAACAAUUGGAUCAUCCUGGUAAAUUCACAGAAAGAGAAUUACCAAAAUAUAUUAAUCGUAACUGGAAAGAAAGAGCUUUUACUGUAGGAAUUGGAGGACCUGUUGGUUCUGGAAAAACAGCGUUAAUGCUUGCCUUAUGUCGAAAUCUUCGAGAUAAUUAUUCUAUUGCAGCAGUUACGAAUGAUAUAUUUACUCGUGAAGAUACAGAAUUUCUUGUUCGUAAUAAUGCGUUACCAGCAGAACGAAUUCGUGCAAUUGAAACUGGUGGUUGUCCUCAUGCUGCAAUAAGAGAAGAUAUUUCUGCUAAUUUGAAUGCUUUAGAAGAGCUUCAUGCAAAAUUUAAUCCUCAAAUAUUAUUAGUAGAAAGUGGUGGUGACAAUUUGGCUGCGAAUUAUUCUCGUGAAUUAGCAGACUACAUUAUCUAUGUAAUUGAUGUAGCAGGAGGUGAUAAAAUCCCUCGUAAAGGUGGGCCCGGUAUUACACAAUCCGAUCUUUUAAUUAUUAACAAAACAGACCUUGCAGAAAUUGUCGGUGCCGACUUAGGUGUCAUGGAAAGGGACGCACGUAAGAUGAGAGAAACUGGUCCAACAAUUUUCGCUCAAGUAAAAAAUGGUGUUGGUAUGCCAGAGAUUGUAAAUUUAAUUCUGAGCGCUUGGCGGGCAAGUGGUGCAGUAUAA